UCCCUAAAAUUCCAAUGGAAAUAUUUAAGACUAAAAAGUACAUUCCGUUCGUGCCUCUGUUCUACAAGCGGUACGACAGAGGUAUCCCUUUUAUAUUCAUGAAUCUGAUGAUGGUCUAUAUGGUCUUGUGGUAGUACCGUGCUAUUACCAAAAUUUGAACAAGAGUAUCCAACCUCUUUUAUUACACGUAGCUGGUUCUGGAAGAUCUUCCUUGGAAUUUGGUUCCAGACAUUGACUUUGAUAUGACUUUGGAAAGUCUCUUUCACAGUAUCCCCCAAGAGUAUAAUCAUCCUCUUCGGAACAACAAAAGAGCAAGUUUAGAAGAGAUCCUCUUGGAAUUCCCUCAGAUUAGCGAAGCAGUUGAUAAGGAGCUUGACCGCAUCGACCUAGAAAAUUGUCACAAAUACGAUUCCUCUUCAGAAGAGAAUUGUUCAGACUCCUUAGUGAGAGAUAACCCAGAAGCCAAGCGUGAGAAAAUAAUCAGAGAUAUUAAAGAUAUCUAUGGAUACAAGUACUGAAAUAUCUGAAAACGAGAUAAACCUCCAAGAGCCCACCACUGAAGACUUUGAGGCCACUGAAGCCUGAACUUUGACCACCACUGACCGAUAAUUGGAUCAUGUAUUGGGAAGUACAACAGGAGAUAUUUCUUCCAAAUGAGCCUUUAUUGCUUAAUAAGCUGAAUCUGAUGUAUGACUAUGAUCUUAUUCACUGAUUUAUCCUUAAUACAGACCGUAGCAGGCCUUUGGUGAGGCUUCUGUUUGAUAUUCUCAGGCCUCAGUGUCUUCAGCCAACUGUACUUAAUGAGCUACAAUAUGACCACUAUUGAGUACUUGAAGAAGUACAAUUGGGUUCUGUUUAAGCAGACUAAGAGCCUUUGCUACAAUAUUGGGAUUGGCAUGGAGACGCACUUGAAAAUAUCCUGGUUUGUCCCUAUCUAGCACAGCUUGAUGAGUUCUGCACAACCUAAGGCUCUCAUUAUUUUCAACAAAUUUAC